AUGCGCCGCAUGACUACUCCCAAUGCUGGGGCGUCGGCCGCAGGACAAGUUGCCAUUAGCAAUGGCCAGUUUGCUAUCGGAAACGGAAGGCUCAUUGGCCCUGCAGGCACGCAGAGACCCUUGGAAUGUGCUGUCCUGCGCCCGAACACACACAGCAAAGAACGGAUGGGUAUGCCAACACUCAAAUGCAGCGGCUCAGACGAUUAA